UACGCUUUCUGGCUGGCGUCGCAUGUACACUGACCAAAGCGAGACCGACGAGGGACAGCCGUAAUGAGACGGUGAACGCGCGAAGAAUGGUUUAUUAUGACAACAACAACUCAGUGGGGGAAUGUAACAGCUGCGGGAUAAUACAAUACAACUUUCACUAGUAAUUGUUGCAAAUUAUGAGAUCAAAAAGGCAGAGUGAACCAGCACAACAUGACCCAGUUUUAAACUCAAGGUGCGCUCUUGUGCUGACCGAGAAACGGAAAAAGCCGGCUGAUGAUUCAGUUUUUACUCUUCUUCUUUGACGUUUUAUAAAUUCCUAAAGAAAUUGAUGAAAGGCAGGACUCGACCAUGUCAGUUCCAGUACACCCGGAGACCAGGAAAUUUACAAGGGGACUAAGUAAACCUGGCACUGCGGCUGAACUAAGGCAAAGUGUCUCUGAGGUUGUCAGGACCUCCGUGCUUGUUGUGAAGCCCAAGGUGAUUGAGCCGCUGGACUAUGAGAGUGUGCUGGUCCAGAGGAAGACCCAGAUCCUCAGUGAUGUCCUCCGGGACAUGCUGCAGUUCCCCCUGGAGGACUUCCAGAUUGCGACUCAGAGACGCCAAGGAAGAACUCUCUACCCCACAGUGCCUGAGAACGCCGUGAAGGAGGCGCAGAGUCUGUUUGUCCAAGAGUGCAUCAAGACCUACAAUUCUGAUUGGCAUGUCGUUAAUUACAAGUACGAGGACUACUCCGGGGACUUUCGGCAACUUCCAAACAAAGUGUCCAGACCAGACAAACUGGCUGUCCAUGUUUUUGAGGUGGAUGAAGAUGUCGAUAAAGAUGAAGACACAGCCUCUCUAGGUUCCCAGAAAGGUGGGAUCACAAAGCAUGGCUGGCUGUACAAAGGCAACAUGAACAGUGCCAUCAGUGUCACCAUGAGGUCUUUCAAGAGGAGGUAUUUCCAUCUAACCCAGCUGGGUGAUGGCUCUUACAACCUGAACUUCUACAAGGAUGAGAAGAUCUCCAAAGAACCCAAAGGAACCAUCUUCCUGGACUCCUGUAUGGGAGUUGUUCAGAAUAACAAGGUGCGGCGCUUUGCCUUUGAGCUGAAGAUGCAGGACAAGAGCACGUACCUGCUGGCUGCCGACAGCGAGGGAGAGAUGGAGGACUGGAUCAGCACUCUCAACAAGAUCCUCCACAGCAGCUUCGAGAUCGCCAUGCAGGAGAAGCGUAACGGGGACAUCCACGAUGAUGACGAGCUGGGAAAGGCAGAUGGUUCGCCUGGGAGUAUGGACAGCUUUCAGAGUGCAAGAGAUAUUGAAUCGAAAAUGAGGAACGAGACCAGAUUGAAACUGUUCACCUUGGACCCUGACACACAGAAACUUGACUUCUCAGGGAUUGAGCCUGAUAUAAAGCAGUUUGAAGAGAAGUUUGGAAAGCGCAUUUUGGUGAAUUGCAAUGACCUGGCCUUCAACCUGCAAAGCUGUGUAGCGGAGAAUGAGGAGGGACCAACAACAAACGUGGAGCCGUUCUACGUGACCUUGUCGCUGUUUGACAUCCAGAACAGCAGGAAGAUCUCGUCGGACUUCUACGUGGACUUGAAUCACCCAUCCGUCAGACAGCUAGUGCCCAACCCCAGCAGCCCGUACAUGAACGGGGGAGGGGACGCUCUGCCGGGGGCGCAGAGGGGGGUCCACAGCCUGCCUGAGGGGGCCAUGCAGUACCCCAGACAGGGAGUGUUCUCUGUAACYUGUCCACACCCAGAUAUCUUUCUGGUGGCUCGCAUUGAGAAGGUCCUGCAGGGGGGAAUCACCCACUGUGCUGAGCCCUACAUGAAAAGCUCAGACUCCACCAAGGUGGCACAGAAGGUCCUGAAAAAUGCCAAAUUGGCCUGCAGCCGGUUGGGCCAGUACAGGAUGCCUUUUGCAUGGGCCGCCAGGACUCUGUUCAAAGAUGCAUCGGGGACGCUGGAUAAAAGUGCUCGUUUCUCCGCCAUCUAUAGACAGGACAGCAACAAGCUGUCCAACGACGACAUGUUCAAACUGCUGGCUGACUUCAGAAAGCCAGAGAAGAUGGCCAAGCUCCCUGUAAUCUUAGGAAACCUAGACGUUACCAUUGACAAUGUUGCCCCUGACUUGACAAGUUGUGUUACCUCAUCCUACAUUCCUGUGAAGACUUUUGAGAGCAGUGAGAAGACGAACAUCUUCUUUGAAGUGGAGGAGUUUGUUCCCUGCAUAGCCAAGUGCUCCCAGCCGUUCACCAUCUACAACAAUCACCUCUAUGUCUACCCCAGGCACCUGAAGUACGACAGCCAAAAAUCCUUCACAAAGGCUAGAAACAUAGCUGUCUGCAUCGAGUUCAAGGACUCGGAUGAGGAGGAGGCUGUUUCGCUCAAGUGCAUCUAUGGUCGACCAGGAGGACCRCUGUUUACUAAAAAUGCAUUUGCUGCAGUAUUACAUCACCAGCAUAGCCCGGAGUUUUAUGAUGAGUUUAAGAUGGAGCUUCCCACCCAGCUCAAUGAGAAGCACCAUCUGCUSUUCACCUUCUUCCACGUCAGCUGUGACAGCAACAGCAAGGCCAGCACCAAGAAGAGAGACGUGGUGGAGACACAAGUGGGUUACGCCUGGCUGCCUCUGCUGAAGGAUGGCAGGGUGAUCAUGAAUGAGAGUCACGUCCCCGUGGCUGCCAACCUGCCCGCUGGCUACCUCAGCUGUCAGGACGGUGUCAGCAAGCAGCAUCCUGAAAUCAAAUGGGUGGAUGGAGGAAAACCUUUGUUCAAGGUGUCCACUCACCUCGUCUCCACAGUGUACACUCAGGAUCAACAUUUGCACAAUUUCUUUGCCCACUGUCAGAGCACAGAGUGUGCAGCCCCGGUGGCGGCAGGAGAGCUGGUCAAGUAUCUGAAGAGUCUUCAUGCUAUGGAAAGUCACGUGAUGGUUAAGUUCCUGCCCACCACUCUCAACCAGCUGUUCCGGGUGUUGACAAGUGCCACCCAUGAGGAGGUGGCCGUCAACGUCACCAGAGUCAUGAUUCACAUUGUUGCCCAGUGCCACGAAGAGGGGUUGGAGCACCACCUACGAUCAUAUGUCAAGUAUGUGUUUAAGACCGAGCCAUACACAGCCACUGCCACGAGAACAGUACAUGAGGAGCUGGCCAAAGCCAUGACUGCAAUUCUAAAGCCUUCCACAGACUUCCUCACCAGCAACAAGCUGCUCAAGUACUCCUGGUAUUUCUUCGAAGCCUUAGUGAAGUCCAUGGCCCAGUACUUGAUUGAGAGCAGUAAAGUCAAGCUGUCCAGGAACCAGCGUUUCUCGGCCGGSUUCCACCACACGGUGGAGACCCUGGUCAACAUGAUGAUGCCCCACAUCACCCAGAAGUACAAGGACAACCUGGACGCAGCCCGCAACGCCAACCACAGCCUGGCUGUCUUCAUCAAGCGCUGUUUCACCCUGAUGGAUAGAGGCUUUGUCUUCAAGCAGAUCAACAACUACAUCAACUGUUUUGUGCCCGGAGACCCAAAGACUCUGUUUGAGUUCAAGUUUGAGUUCCUGCGUGUCAUAUGCAACCACGAGCACUAUAUUCCCUUGAAUCUGCCCAUGCCUUUUGGAAAGGGGAGGAUACAGAGAUUUCAAGACCUCCAGUUGGACUACUCGCUGACAGACGACUUCUGUAAGAACCACUUCCUGGUUGGGCUGCUGCUGCGGGAGGUGGGCGGGGCCCUGCAGGAGUUUCGAGAGAUCCGUCAAAUAUCCAUCCACGUGCUCAAGAACCUGAUGGUCAAGCACACCUUUGACGAACGCUACACCUCCAAGAGCCAGCAGGCUAGGUUGGCAACUCUCUACCUGCCCCUGUURGGUCUGCUCCAGGAGAACGUCAACAGGCUCAAUGUGAAGGAAGUCUCCCCAUUCAUCAUCAACCACUCCAACAAUAAUGGAAGAGAUGACCCACUCUUGGGCAACUCCAUGAUGAUGACGCCUCCACGCUCCAGUACUUUGUUAGACAACAGUUUGCACAAGGAUGUGUUUGGGGUUAUCUCUGGCACCGCCUCCCCCCACGCGUCCUCCACCCCCAACAUUAACUCUGUCCGCCACGCUGACUCCCGGGGCUCCCUCAUCAGCACUGACUCUGGCAACAGUCUUCAUGAGAAGAGCAAUGAUAAGACCAACUCUCUGGACAAGAACCAGCCAGCCUCAGCCCUGGGCAGCAGCCUACUGCGCUGUGACAAACUGGACCAGACUGAGAUCAAGAGCCUGCUCAUGUGCUUCCUGCAUGUCCUCAAGAGCAUGUCUGAGGAUGCUCUGUUUACAUACUGGAACAAGGCCUCAUCUUCUGAGCUCAUGGACUUCUUCACACUAGUAGAGGUGUGUCUCCAUCAAUUCAGAUACAUAGGAAAAAGAUCCAUCGCAAGGAACCAGGAAGGGGUGGGACUCGUAGCAGCACAUGAGCGGAAGUCUCAGACUCUGCCUGUGUCCCGUAACAGGGCGGGAAUGAUGCAUGCCCGCUUACAGCAACUCAGCAGCCUGGAUAACUCAUACACUUUUAACCACACCUAUAGCCACUCUGAUGCUGACGUGAUGAACCAAUCGGUCCUGGAAGCCAACAUCGCCACGGAGGUCUGCCUCACCGUGCUGGACACUCUCAGCAUCUUCAUCAUGGGAUUCAAGACCCAACUCUGUUCGGACCAUGGCCACAACCCGCUCAUGAAGAAGGUGUUCCAGGUACACCUCUGCUUCCUGCAGAUCAACCAAUCAGAGACGGCCCUCAAGCAGGUCUUCACCUCGCUGCGCACCUUCAUCUACAAAUUCCCCUGCACCUUCUUCGAGGGCCGAGCGGACAUGUGUGCUUCGUUCUGCUACGAGAUCCUGAAGUGCUGCAACUCCAAGCUGAGCUCCAUCCGCAGCGACGCCGCCCACCUCCUCUACUUCCUCAUGAAGAGUAACUUUGACUACACCGGGCGCAAGUCCUUCGUCCGCACUCACCUCCAAGUGGUGAUCGCUGUCAGUCAGCUGAUUGCUGACGUCAUCGGUAUCGGAGGAACCCGCUUCCAACAGUCUCUGUCUAUCAUCAACAACUGUGCCAACAGUGAUAAGACCAUCAAGAACACCGCUUUCCCGUCAGAUGUGAAGGACCUGACCAAGCGGAUCCGGACGGUCCUGAUGGCCACGGCUCAGAUGAAGGAGCAUGAGAGGGACCCGGAGAUGCUGGUGGACCUGCAGUAUAGCCUAGCCAAGUCCUACGCCAGCACGCCCGAACUCCGCAAGACUUGGCUGGACAGCAUGGCCCGCAUCCAUGUGAAGAAUGGAGACCUGUCCGAGGCAGCCAUGUGUUAUGUGCACGUGGCGGCACUGGUGGCCGAGUAUCUCCGGAGAAAAGGCAUGUUCAAACAGGGUUGCUCAGCCUUCCGGGUGGUCACUCCCAACAUUGAUGAAGAGGUGUCCAUGAUGGAGGAUGUGGGCAUGCAGGAUGUCCACUUCAACGAGGAUGUACUGAUGGAGCUGUUGGAGGAGUGUGCUGAUGGCCUGUGGAAGGCUGAGCGCUAUGAGCUCAUCUCAGACGUCUACAAGCUCAUCAUCCCCAUCUAUGAGAAGCGUAGGGACUUUGAGAAACUAGCUCACCUGUACGACACGCUCCAUCGUGCCUACAGCAAAGUGACCGAGGUCAUGCACACGGGCAAGAGGCUGCUGGGCACAUAUUUCAGAGUGGCUUUCUUUGGUCAGGCAGCGGGAUUCUUUGAGGAUGAAGAUGGUAAAGAGUACAUCUACAAAGAACCCAAAUUCACCCCACUGUCAGAGAUAUCUCAGAGGCUACUCAAGCUCUACUCUGACAAGUUUGGUCCAGAGAAUGUUAAGAUCAUUCAGGACUCUGGGAGGAUCAACCCUAAAGAUCUCGACUCGAAGUAUGCCUACAUCCAGGUGACCCAUGUCAUCCCGUUCCUGGAAGAGAAGGAGCUGGUGGACAGGAAGACAGACUUUGAGAAGAGCCACAACAUCCGACGCUUUGUCUUCGAGAUGCCCUUCACCGUGUCGGGCAAGAAGCAGGGAGGGGUGGAGGAGCAGUGCAAACGCAGGACCAUCCUGACCACAACACACUGUUUCCCCUAUGUGAAGAAGCGUAUUGCGGUGAUGUACCAGCACCACACAGACCUGAACCCCAUAGAGGUGGCUAUAGAUGAGAUGAGCAAGAGGUUGACCGAGCUAAGACAGCUAGUUGCCACCAGCGAGGUGGACAUGAUCCGCCUGCAGCUCAAACUACAGGGCAGCAUCAGUGUCCAGGUAAAUGCUGGUCCCCUCGCAUAUGCCAGAGCUUUCCUGGAUGAUGCCAGCACCAAGAAGUAUCCUGACAACAAGGUCAAACAACUUAAAGAAGUCUUUAGGCAGUUUGUGGAGGCGUGUGGCCAUGGCCUGGGCAUCAACGAGCGGCUGAUCAAAGAGGACCAGCAGGAGUACCAUGACGAGAUGAAGGCCAACUACAGAGACCUGGCCAGAGAGCUGUCCGCCAUCAUGCACGAGCCAAUCAUUCCAGUGGAGGAUGGCAUGAAGAGCGUUCUUCCAGACUCGCUGCACAUCUUCAAUGCCAUCAGUGGUACCCCCAGCGGUGCCACCAUUGCGGGCAUGCCCAACUCCUCCUCUGUGGUGUGAGAUCCACUGGGAUUGGCUGACUCCUGACCUCAACGCUCCGCAUGCACGCGCCAACCAGUGUGCCAGUGCUGCCAUGAGCCCCCAUUCCUGCUUCACUGCUCUCCUUAUCAUCAAGUUUGCUCUGGCUAAAGUGAGACACUAUUAAUGUUCUUUUAACCUUCUCUCACCACCUCCUUUGGCUUGUCCCGUGGGCCAGGACAAAGGACCAUGUCGUUUUCUGAUUUCACUAUCGUAUACAGUACAGCCCCUCUGUGGAGGAUGGGACAAGGGACAUUGAUCCAUGAGGGCGACUGAACUAAAGCAGGUCCACAUGAACAGAGGAGGGUGGGGGGAGGCGAGGUGAGGUGAGGCAGGGUGGGGCUGUCUAUCUGUGGAGCAGACAUACAGAAUGAGGGGGGACUGGUGUAUCCUCCACCCUGUGUCUUGAGUCUGACUGGGGUUCCAUGAUAUAUACUGUAUAUGACAUCACUGGUAGUGUUUCCUGUGGAGACGUUCCUGUAGGGAUCCUUAAAGCAACACAAAUGUGCAUGUGAUGUCACUAGCUCCCCAUCAGCCUCCUGUCGUCUCAUUUUCAUCUUUUUGUUUUGAUCAUUGGUCUUCUGCUCUGAACUCUUCAAGUGAUCUUGUAUGUACAUUAUUCCACUUUGAUAAAUCUCAUAUUGAUGUCUUGGCGAACUAUAUUUGCUGCAUACAUUGGCAUUCAUCUCUCUGUACAUGAAGACUCGUUAUGUUUUUACAAAGCUGCAACUUAAUGGAAAAAGAGCCUCCUAUGAAAACAUUAGUGUUCAACCUUAAUCACUGAAAUGUCUUAGAAUGGGAUUUUUUUUAAUAUUUUUUUUUUACAGCCGUUGCAUAUAAGUAUAUUCCAAGCUGUUAAUUCUUGUAUAUAAAAAAGGAGUGCAAUAUUUGUCUUUUGCAAGGUGUCUUGCUGUGUUGGGUUCAAUACACUGUAAAGAUGUUUGUCCUUCUUGCCAAAGCAAUGAGGUGUGGAUCCAGAGACGAGAUCUACUGUGGUAGUUUAUAUGAAGCUUUGACCAUUUUAGUGUUCAUUCAAAUGUUAAUGAAAUCAUUUUUAUAUUUGGGAAGCAUUGGGUUUUUUAUUUUUAUUUAACAGAAAGUCACUGUUCUGCUGUAUACAGAAAUGUUCCCUAAUGCUUUUCUUUUAAAUAAAAUUCCCUUAUUUCUCUGCA